UAUUGUAUUAAAGAUAGGUUAGGAAAAGCACGAAAAGCUUUCAUUCACUGAAGAUUAAUUCAAGAGUAACCAUCGCGGAGAAGACGUGUUUAAAGAAUAAAAAUGUCUGCAGUUAUUAGAGUUAAAAGGAGAUUUGAUGAAGAUCCAUUGGAUGCUUUAGUUCUUAAUUGUAAAAGAAGAAAAACUAAUAAGGAAUGUAGUUCCGCCACUGAUUUAUCUGCAAUAUUAAAAUUUGCAGGAACGACUGAAAGACAGGAAGAUGAUGUGCUCCAACAUAUUAAAUGUCAGACAAAAUCUAAAAUCGAGGAGAACUUUAAAGGAAAUAGUUCAAGUAUAAAAGAUAAAUUGAGGGAUGAAAUUCUAUUUUCCUCUAAAACUAAUCGAUACAAAAUAGUCAACUUACGCAGAUCAAAUACAGCUGAAGACAAUGCAGCUNAUUUGAUUGGGGUAUAUCCUCUGAGCGAUGAACUUGUUUAUGGAACUUAUAGGGAUAAUGGAUUGAUGGAUUCAGAUAAUGAGAGUGAGGAUUCUAAUGAUGAAAAUAACUGGAGAAAUGAUUAUCCAGAUGAAGAAGAUGCAGAGAGCAUAACACAAGAUGACAUGCUGGCAGCAAUGAAUACAGUAGGAUUGGAAGAUAAAGAGAACGAUUUAUCCAGUUCAGAUGGAGAGGAAGGUUUUAUUUAUAGUAUUGAUAGUGAAUCUGCUGGAUUUGAAGAAGACAUUGAUCAAUCAGAUGUCCAUAGAUAUGGUGAGAGAUAUGCUAGAUUUAAAGCUCGCCAUAAGGACUUAACCUCUGACAAUUCUGUUGAAUAUGAUUAUGAUGAUGAAGAUGAUGAAUAUAAAGAGUGUUAUGAUUAA